AUGUCAAAAAAACAGCAAUCGUCUAUGUCCUACAAGGACAAGGUAAUCAUACAAUUCCGAAAAUGAAGUAUUAUUUGGUCUUUCAGGCUAAUCUUCAAUUCGUAGAACAAGAAGAGCCCGCCUUUAUCAAAGCGAUGAAAGCGAAGUUGGGAUAUAAAGAGCCGGCGAAACUAGAAGACAAGGUGAGCUUCACUUUUGAUUAGGUUAUCCAAAAGUUCUGUUCAGUUUCACGAUGAAGAAGGACCAGCUGAGCUGGAUGACGACGAGACAGAUCUGAUGCGAAUGAAAGAAGAGGACAGACCACAAGUUGUCGUUUUGAAUGAGAAAACGGACCUAUCGAAAGAAGAAUUGGAAAAGGAAAUAGUCGCAAAAAAGAAAGAAGAAGACGGUGAUAAUGUAAACUUAGAUAAUUGAUUUUUUAAUCAUAAAUUUGAAGAUAAACUACUGGCCGAAGGAAAGAUAACGUUCAAGAAACCGACAAAACGGACUGGAGAAGGUGCGGCCGACGAAGAAGCGGAGAAAAAGAAGAAGAAGGCCGCUCCUGAAGCCAAGGUUCAAAAAGGACUGCUCUCAUUCGGCGACGAGGAAGAAGAAGAUGAAUAAUUGAUGUUUUUUUCUCCUGAAACUCACAGAUAUCCGCUAAACAUUCAUGUAAUAAACAUUGUAAAAUUGACCCAAGUCUCUGAGAUUGUUAUUUUUGAGUUUGCCAUGCGCAUCCGGACAACUGUUUUUCAGACCUCACAAUUUUACUGCGACGCAGACUUUCCCAUUUGAUCUACCUAUAUCGCAAAUUCGAGAUCAAACUACACACAACUCACCAUCGGAACAGCGCGCGCGAACUAUCGUUCGGCUUCCGUUUUGCCAAUCAGCCUCACUUCAGUACGUCGUUCCUCCACCGUUCGUUUCAAGAAUGAACGAUGGGGAAAACUACUGGAAUGCGUUCCGGUCGCAUAAACGCUCCGCCAGCGAAGGCCCGACCCUCGCACCAUGGAUGGUCACUGCUUUGCAAGCCACAAAGGUAUUCGGUCCAGAACAUUCCGUAAUUCUUUCAUUGUUUCAGCUUCUUCUUUUCGCUCUCUGUAACAUCGUUCUAACCUUGGGCUCGGUCCUCUCAAAACUGAUCGUCCUCGUCAUGGCAACUAACAUUCUCCCCCGCGCGCAUCUCGUCGACAAGUUCUCCCGCAAGUGCUCGCGAGCCAUCGGUAACUUAUUCACUUCAUUCUUCCACAAAACUCUGCCAUUUCAGUCCGACGAACCUCCACAACCACUGCCGGAAUUUACCUCUCUUUGCUCCUCAUUCAAUGUCUCCCCGAUGCCGUCCGACUCGUUCGUUCCAGUUUUGAAAUGUGGAAAGGGGACUGUGGCCGAAUGGUCCGAUCUCUCGUUCUCCUCGAAUCCCUACGUGCUGUCGGUCUUGCCGUUCUAACCUUCUACGUGUUCCCUCAACUCGAUCUCGCCAGAUGUCUCGUCCUCGGCGCCUGCUUCCCGCUCGUCGCCGUCCUCCAACGAUCCCUGAUCGCAAUGAUGUCUGCCGCGAAGACGGGAAGAUCCUUCAAGAACCGCCUCGGCCGCUGCUUUAUCGCAAUUCCGCACGUCCUCAUGUUCCUGGUUCUGCUCAGCAGCUGCUACGUCUGGACUCUUCUCGACGGAAAAUUCACGGCCGUCAUCGCUCUUCCGGUUGGAAUUAUCUGUACUUCGUUCGGAUUCUGGGAGUCUUGGAUUGACACGACUCAUGCGAAUACGACGUACAACGAGCUCUACAGAGUAAAGUACGCUGUUCGUAAGAUGAACAACACGACGAAGGCAGCCGUGUCUUUCAUGAGAAUCGUCAGCACUGUCGGAGUUAUGGUAGGGCGAGAGGCGUAUUUCUGGCAAGUCGGUCUAUUUUUUGCAGAUAUCUGCUGUUAUGAUGAACGGACACUCGAAGCUCUACGCAAAACACUUUGCCAAGGCGUUCUUCCAUUUCAGCAUGCGGCAGAAUUACACGUAGUCGCUAAUCGUUUGCCCACUUUCACCUUUUCCCUCUUUUCAGACUUCUGCUGCUUCUGGCCAGCGGAGUGAUUUGUCUCCACGUCUUCAUGCGAGGAAUAUCCCGUUUCCUGGCUGCCCUCGACCUCCAUCCCUUCUCAUUCGUCCAUCCUCUUUCCAUCGCUCCGCUCAUCGCGUACGGAUUCGUUCGCUACGUUUGCCAGUCCCCAACCUGCUCGAUUUCCCGUCGACUCGCCAAGUUCGGACUCCGAUGGGUGUGCGAUCAAUGGUUCCAAAAUGUGCAAGGAAUGACGUCUCCCGACUUCUACAUUUGCAUUAUUUGGCUGAUCGUCGGAUGCUACCGUGGAUGGCGACUCGUCCGUCAACGCUAUUUCGACACUACCGAGGAAAUGUAAUCGGAAUUCCUCUCCUAAACAUCCCCGCUCAUUUUCCAUUUUAGAAUCUCAUCGAUGCCCCCAGUCUGCAACGGUCUUUGCAUCGAGCAGUCCCUCGUCAUCUUCCAGCACUCGUUGAAUCGCCAGGAGAAGACGAUGCUGAUUGAGGACGAAGACGUUACCGACGAGAAUGACGAACUGCGCAUCCGGAAUGACGAGGUGGAUCGUGUGUCGACCGUCUAUGCGUGUGCUACAAUGUGGCACGAAACAGAGACAGAAAUGCGGCAAGUGCUUCGGAGUAUUCUGAAGUUGGACGUGGAUCACGCGACCCGAAUGAACAACAAAAAAGUGAACGAACUGCGCUACCGACUCGAAGGACACAUUUUCUUUGACGACGCGUGGGAGGAUAACGUGGAGGAUGGAAUCGAGAAGAGGGAGCCGAACGAGUUUUUCAACAUGUUUUUCGAGUUGCUCAACGAAAUGACCGGAGAGAAACUGAACGACGAAGGGAAAUUAGAGACUCGAAUUCUGGUGAACACUCCUUACGGAGGCCGUCUCGUCGUCAAGCUCCCAUCCGGAACUCUGCUCUUUGUGCACUUGAAGGACAAGAAGCUGAUCCGCCACAAGAAGAGAUGGAGCCAAGUUAUGUACAUGUACUAUCUUCUCGGACAUCGAAUCAUGGACUGCCCACUCUCGAUCGAAGACAGACAACAAAUGGCUGACAACACGUUUAUUCUGGCCAUCGACGGAGAUUCCAAGUUCGAGCCUGACGCUCUUCUCCGACUUCUUCAUUUGAUGAACGCGAAGAGUGAUAUCGGCUGUGCUUGCGGAAGAAUUCAUCCAAUUGGAAGCGGAAUCAUGGUCUGGUAUCAGAAGUUCGAGUACGCCAUUGCCCAUUGGUUCCAAAAGGCCGCCGAACACGUAUUCGGAUGUGUGCUCUGCGCUCCCGGAUGCUUCUCUCUGUUCCGCGCUUCCGCUCUCAUGGACGACAACAUCAUGCACAAGUACACGAAGACUGCCUCGGAACCACGUCACUACGUACAGUACGAUCAGGGAGAAGACCGUUGGCUGAGUACUUUGCUGCUCAAACAAGGAUACCGCAUCGAGUACGCGGCCGCUUCGGAUGCGGAGACGUACGCUCCAGAAGGAUUCGAAGAGUUCUUCAAUCAGCGUCGUCGCUGGACUCCCUCUUCGAUCGCCAACACUGUCGACCUGCUGAUGGACUACAAACGAGCUUCGGAAAACAACGAAUCCAUUUCGUACGCCUACAUUGCCUACCAGUUUCUCGUAAUCUUCUUCUCAAUGCUCGGUCCCGCCAUCAUCUUCACUAUGCUCGUCUUCGCACAAGUGGCUGCUUUCGGACUCAACGGAACCGACGUGAUGCUCUACAACGGAUUGCCCAUCGGAUUCUUUGUCGUUCUCUGCUUCACAACAGAAUCUAAUAUCCAAUUGGCGUACGCCAAAUUAAUGUCGAUCGCCUACGCAUUUGUGAUGCUUGCGGUGCUGGUUGCUACGAGUAGUCAGAUCGUUCUCGAGAGUGAGUGCAGUUCGAAAGCCGCUUCACUUCACUUUCCCUUUCAGCCGUCGUUGCUCCCACUUCUCUUUUCAUAGUCACCAUGGUGGCCAUCUUCUUUUUCGCCGCCUGUCUUCACCCGAAGGAGUUUACGAACAUCAUAUACGGUUUGACUGUUCGGCGCCAUCAACAUUUAUCUCUUUUCAGGUAUUGUCUUCUUCCUGAUGAUUCCGUCCACGUAUGUGUUCCUGACGCUUUAUUCGCUCAUUAAUCUGAACGUUAUCAACUGGGGAACUCGCGAAGCCGUCGCUAAAGCCACCGGCCAGAAGACGAAGAAGGCGCCGAUGGAACGAUGGAUCGACGGAGUUGUUAGUGUGCUGAAGCAGGGCUUGAGACUCGUCAGUGGAAGAGAACGGAAAGAGAAUGAGGAGAAACGCGAAAAGUUCGAGAAGAAGGUGCACAGAAUGGAAAUGGCUCUUCGGAAUAUUGAAGUGAGAGAAUUACACGUUUUAUUUAGAACGCAUUAUUUUCCAGAACGGAGGGGAUAUCAAGAAAAUUCUGGAUGCAGAAGAGGAGAAGGAGAAGCGAGAGGAAGAGACGCAGACAUGUGAAAUGCCGGUGCAGCAGGAAGAGGAGAAGCAGAAGGAAGUUCAGAAGGGCAGCCGAUACGUUUGGAUGACGAAUCAGCAUCUGAAAGUGUGCGAAAGAGGCAAACUGAAGAGUGCGGAGAAGGUGUUCUGGACCGAACUCAUAGAAACGUAUCUCAAGGUAAAAGGAGGGAACCUCGCAGGAUUAGAAAAUGCUUUUCAGCCGAUCAAGUCGACUCCGGCGGAAACGAAGCAAGUGGCCGACGGACUAGCUUCCCUUCGCAACCAAAUCGCCUUCACUAUCCUGCUUAUCAACACUCUGCUCGCAUUGGCCAUCUUCCUCAUUCAAAAACACAAGAAUGUGCUGAGCAUCAAAUAUCGGCCAUUCAGCAAGUCUUAAAAGCAUUUUCACUAAAUAGUUUUCAUUUUUCAGAGGGUUUCAAAUGGACGAAAAUGAACGAAAUGACUGGUCAGUUCGAGGAAACGAGCGAGCCACUUAAGAUCGAUCCUCUCGGAAUGGGAAUCGUCAUGUUUCUGCUCGCAAUUUUGUUCGUCCAAACUCUCGGAAUGCUUGUCCAUCGUCUGAAUACAAUGAUCGGCGCCUUCCAGGAGGUGAAGAACUUGUACGAAUACGGCGUGACGACAGCACCGAACACGAAGAACGAUGACGAACGGAUCAUGACAAAUGGUUCGAAUACAUUCUGAUGCGGUCAUUCGUAUCCUCUCCAUUUGCAGCUCGAUUGAUGAUCAACGCAACGGGCGUGCACACUGGACACGCCGCCGACGGCUACACGCGGCAUCGUGCAGAUGAAGCCGACACCGGAAACGUUCUGUACAAGUUGCAGAAGGCUCGGCUCGCAAAGCGCAUGCAGAGAAGUGCACUGUCCAAUUGA